AUGGUGAGGAACCAAACAUGUAUUUUUGCCUUCUGGGUUCUAUUUGGUUUUGUCAUUUUUGGAUCAACACUGGCGCAAGAAGAUGAUCUUUCAACAGUGUCACCAAUGAAGGAGAACUGCAGCUACACAGUUAUUAUACAAACCACAUGUGCACAUGGUGCUGAAACAUCCAACAACGUGAGCAUUAGAUUUGGAGAUAUAAAAUCAAAUGACAUUGUGGUGAAACAUUUGAACUCCAAACACAAGAGACAGGUUGAUCCGUUACAACCUGAUGUCUACGAUGAGAAACUAAAAAAGCCUUUCCAAAUGUGCACUGUAGAUGAAUUUCGAGUUACGGGUCCCUGUGUUAAAUCACCUGUUUGUUACCUGUAUCUUAAAUCUAUGGGAAAUGAUAAAUGGCGGCCAGGUUUAGCACAAGUUAGUGUGUCUGGAGCAUCUCAUCUCUCGUCAACUGAGUUUUACUUUCGUCGUUAUCUUCCUCAGCAUGUAUGA